AUGAAAUUCUUAAUAUUCUUAACAUUAUUAUUUUUCAUUUCCCAAACGACUUGCAAAUUCAUACACAUACCUACUGUCUUGCCACCCCAUAAAUGUGCCUACAGCUGUCCAAACUCUGAUCUGACACUAUGUGCCACUAAUGGCCAGUGUAAGCAGGAAUUUCAAGGAGAAUGCCUAAUGAGUGCCUACAAUUGUGAACAUCCUCAUAAACCGUUUGUUAUCAUUGAAGAUUGGAAGUGCAAACAGAGUGGUGCGCCAAAGUGUAGAGAAAAUGAGUUGGAAAUUUAAUAAAGGAAAUGUCAGAAUGCUAUAGAACAAUAAAACAAACUCAAACAUGCUUAGUUUGUAUAUGGAAAUUUUAAAUUAAUUAGAUAAUCUUUGUGUAAAACUUUACCAGUUUCAUAUUUACGUGAUAUCUAUAUACUACUUGCAGGAUUAGUAGUAUGUUUUUAA